UGUAGUUUAUAGUAUCAAAAACAACAGGAGAUGAGCUUGUCUUCUUCGUGUGGAUUACUGAUAGGAUAGUUAGGAUUACAAACUCCAAGUAGAUGGACUGCAUUCUUUAGGGGAUAAUGUUCUAACACAGUCUAUCACAACUCAAAGGGAAAACAUGGAUUACAGCAACAAGACGCCCAUCCUGGUCUUUUUCAUAGUGGUCUUUGCGAGCUGUGUUCCAGGUCAAAGGUUACCUGCACCAGAGAACUUGCAAGUGAAUAUUUUGGAUGGAGAGGUGCUUGUACACUGGGAUAAACCAGCUGAUGCCCCUUCAGAUGUGCAGUACAAUGUACAGUUUGGAAGGUACGCAGGAGAGUGGAUGGGGGUGAACAAGUGUACUAAAAUAACUGAAAGCUUCUGUGACCUAACCCACCGAAUAGAAGAUCACAUGGGAAUCUACAAAGUUCGAGUUCAGUUGGUGGCAGGCGGCGCCCAUUCUGAGUGGAGACUGAUAAAAAAAAUUCUCCCUAAUUCAAGUGAGCUGCAGCCCCCCUCUUUCACUAUGUGGGCUACUUCAAGCAUUCUUACCGUCCGUAUUCAUGAAAAGCCUAUUUUAAGAAAACUUUUUCUGUUUGGAAUAAUCUAUACAAUCUAUCUUGUAGAGAAGGAGCAAAAUAAGACUACAGUUGCAUAUCUCAAAGACGAUAUCUGGGACCACCAGAAGACUAAAAAUUUCAACUCUUUACACUGGGGCAAAGAAUACUGCGUUACUAUCAAAGUAGAGGGAAAUGGAGGAGUAGUAAGCAGCCUGUCACCUGAACAAUGUGUUGUAUUACCAGAGCAAGAAUGGAUCAUAACUGCAGUUGUAGCAUUUACUAUUAUGGUUGCUCUAUGCAUAGCUGCCUUUAUCACCGCCUUUAUUCUGUGUUAUGUGAAGCGACCAGCGAAGACACCUGUUGUACUUAAAUCCCCUGCUCGUGGGUUGCGUCCGCUAUCUAUUGGAGAGGUCACUAUGGAAAUUGUUACAGACAAGGGGUGGUUCCUGUCCAGUGCAGGAACAGAAGUGAAACAUGCUUUCAAAAAUCUGCCUACAACUUACAUUGAAGAUCAGAAAAGUGGCGAAGAGGACAGGAGGCCUAGCACAGACAGCGGAGUCAGCAUCAAGUCCACCUCUGACAACACCAGACAAGAAGACAGUGGGUGUGGCAGCAUAGGAGCACAAGACGUCCUUUGCAAUUACCCUAUUCAAGAUGAAGGAAGUGAUACUCUCAGUAAGUCAGAUGACAGUGGAGUGGGACUGAACUGCCACUCAGAUGCCUCUUCACUAAAUCUAGAAGAUCAAGAGAGUGGAUGUUUGAACAAGUCUGGGGAAUAUCACAAACAGCACCUGUUAACUGUAAACAUUCAUGACUGUGACGAUGAAGACAUUAAAGAGAUGCUUCCACAGCCACAACUAAUCAGUGUGGUGUCAGGCUACAGGAAAAACGCCUCAAUUUGCACCUGUUCAGGGGCUAAUCUGUGUAUUUGGUGUUGUAAUCAAGACAAUUACAGAGGACAAUAUAAAGGAUUACAUAAAAAUAACAACAUGGAGGUGGAGUCUUACGGAUAUUAUUCUCAAAAAGUUCAAAUGGACAUAAUGGACAGAACAAAAACAAAUAUGACUUUAGUACAAAUGGAGGAAACUUUUCCCAUGUUGACCUCUCUAUCAUCAUUCCCUCUGAUGGAAAAGGAGCGGGACUUUAACAUGAAUGACUUGCCAAUCUCUCUGUGUGAUGUAGAGUUUAACCACCACUGAUGUUACAUAGAGCUGUCUGGACCCAUGAUCAGUAUUCACUGUCUCUAUGAGAACAGGCUGAUUGUUCAGUGUUAAUUAUGAAGACUGAGUUACUUUAUGGGGAAAGGAAGUUUUUACCACAGAGACGUGGUUGACUUCAUUUCACCUUGAAUCUCUGAGUUAUUGAAAACUGACAGCAAACACCGGAUGUGAAACUGCCAUGGGGUAACGUGCAGGGAAACUGUACACUUAUGUGUGUUUGGACAUUUUGACAUUUCUCUGCCUUCUCAGCCGCCGCCUACCCAAACUGAGAGUCUAUCACAUACUUUUUAAUGCCCUACUACAUCCUACUGA